CGAAAAAUUAGUGAAUUCGAUUGGCGGCGGGAGAAAUCCGCAACGUGUGAAUUGCCCGAGUUUGCAAUCGCUGGUGACGAACGCCAGCCAGAACCACCCAGCAAGCAGAACAGCUCCAGCCGCAAGCGACUCACAGCUCCCUUGCUUGUGUCGCCCGCCAAGACCUCCCUACAGUCUAAAGGCUGCGCCGACGGACAAACACAGCCUCCAAAAAGCAUGGCCGGCCUCACGAUCGUCACGCUGGCCGUCGGCGACCGCACGCGCCGCAUCACGGUCACGGGCGGCUCGGACGUCGACGAGCUCCGCGCGCUGAUCUGCGCGGCCUUCCAGCUGCCCGCAACCACCAGAACGGCGCCGGUGGCAUUAAUAGCAAGAGACACGAACGUCCUCGUGCCGCUCAGCGUCGCCUGCGCGCGGCCCGACUCGCUGCGGGCGCCGGCCUACGGCGUUUUGUGUGUGGGCGGCCAGCUCCUGCUGAAUGAACCGGCCGGCGACCUCGAGAGCGAGGACGACGAGGACACCGAGACCGAGUCAUCGGAAGAGGAGGACCAGCAGGUCGCGCCGGCCACCGAUGAUUCCAGGGAUGAGCAGCUCGACCGGCUCGUCGCCAUGAUCGUCAAGUUCGCGUCCAUGCUCGAGGCCUCCGGACAUCUAUCUAGGGAUGAAGCCGCUGUGGCGACGGCGUUGGCCGAGCGAAGGGACACGGUCAUAUUAGCGGCGUACACGCUCGCGGCCGCCGCGCAAGAUGCAGGCUACUUGGCGGCUUUGAUCCGCAAAGUAGCUAGGGACUACCUCACGAAGCGCACGGACGCCUCCGAAUCCUUCGACGGGCCGCGCGACCACGACGUGGCUGGUAGAUUGCUCCACGCGGUCGACGAGCUGUUCGUUACCGAUCAAUUGUCAGUGCCGCAGUGCCGCUACUUGCAAUCGUUAGUCUUGCUGAAGAACCCCGUCGUGUUUGCGGCCUUCGAGGUCUACGCGCAGGACGGCGACGCCGACGAGUUGUUCGACACGUUGCUGCGCGUCGCCGAGAGGGCGGGCCGCGCGUCCGAUGAAGCCGCGGCUGAGGCGUCGACGGAAUCCGAGGAAGAAGAAUCAGAAGAGGAGGAGGAAGAGGUUGAAACGGACGAAUCGUUAGCGCUCUUCCGGGGCGCGAUCUGUCGGGAAGUCGACGAUUUGCUGACGAAGGGCGAGCUCUUACCAAAAGCGGCCAAGGCCGUUCUCACGGCGUUGCGGUCCGAGGGCACCGAUUCCGCCUCGCCGGUCGAUAGGGCACUUUGUAGAUUAGCACGGGCGGCCUACGAGGUCUAUAGGUUGGAUCGGGACCGCGGCGAGCUCCGCCAGGCGCUGUUGGAUGCCUGUCGGGCCUACGCCGGUCUCGACGCCGAGCCCGAGGCGAAGCCGGCGCCGGCGCCGGCGCCGUCCGGCGCGGCCGUACUGCGAGAGUGCGCGCGCUGGCUCGUCCAGUCGAAGACGCUCGACGAGGCCGCGGCCGCGAAUUUUUUGCGCCUCGCGGCGGGCGGCGACGACCGCGUGGCCGCGGCGUUGGCAAGAUACGGGCGCGGCGGCGAGCUCGAGGAGUUUUUGACGUCGCUGGCGGCCAUCGCCACCGUUGAGGAGGACGAGGAGGAAGUGCGUUCGCCGCAGGAGCCGUCAAAGCCCGCGACGAACGACGCCGAGGCCCUCAAGGAGCUCGCAGAAUUAGUCCAGUGCCUCGCGGAAGACGGAAAGCUCCAAGGGAGUGAACGAGAAUUGGUGGAAGGGCUCGUGAAAAGGGGCGACGCUAGACUAUUAGCGGCCUACGACGUCUACGUGGACUCGCAGGACGUCGACGACCUCGUGGACACGAUUCUGCGCGUCGCGCGGCGCGACGCCGAGCUCGACGCCCAAGACGCGCGGCCGCCCCAGGACUUCGCGAGCGUCUUCGCCGAGAUCACGUCAUCGAAUCUGAGCGAGGUCGAGAAGGCCGCGCUCCAGCUCUGCGCCGCGCGCAAGGACGCGGACCUUCAGGCGGUCCUGGAAGUCUACCGCCUCGAGGGCGACAAGGACGACCUACUGGACUCCGUGAAGCGCAUCGCGCGCAAGACGAUCGACGAG